GAGAUCGAGGAGUGGCUAAACCUGCCGGCCAACUCAACGGCAUGCGAGGCUUCUGUUUGUGCCCCGCUGAUGGGGGAUAAUCGUUUCUACCCUCAAGGCCUUCCCAAAGUAUUCGCAUACCUACGCUUCACGUCAGAUCUCCCGCGCGCACGAAAGCUGAAGUCAAACAUUGCCAAGAAGAAGGCGGCGCACGCGCUGCCCUAUCCUAUCCUGGCAUGGAAAGCCUACAGAUCAGCAGAUGAUCUCAGCCGAGACUGGCCUCACCUACAAUGUUUGCCAGGGGUUUAG